AUGAAAUGUUUAGAAUCGUAUUUGAAGGACGACCUGAAGAUUGACUUCGCGAGCUUGCAAGGUCAGGAAACUUACGCUUGCAAGCAUUUCAAUGGCCUUUCGGAAUUACUGUUGAGAUGCUAUGUCUAUCCGAAUGAAAGACAAUUACCACUACCGGCCUUUUCCGAGGCGGAUAAUCAUAGCUUUGUUGUGGAUCAAUGCAUCAGCUUUCUGCUGUCCCAGAAAUUUUACAGCAAUCUGCUGACUUAUGGAUAUAGAAUGGGAUCUAACCAGAAUAUUGGUUCGGCCCUUCACUGUGUUGAUGUGAAUUCCUGCGUAGCGGUCAUCAAAAGUGUCCCGUGGCAAUUAUUUCGUGAUGUUUUUGGAACGCAGCAAUUUGCUAAUCUGAUUGUUAACCAUAGUCUAUUUCUCUACAAUGAAGAAUAUUUCUCACAGGUUUCAGGUGACAGAAUAAACAGUUCAUACUGCCUUCCGCCUUCGCGGCUGGGAAAAUUGGAAGAUCGAUUAAAUGACUUUGAUGCACCGUUUAAAGUAGCAAGCUUCCUGUACAAAAACUCUUUCGGGUUCAAGCACAAGCGAAUACUCCCUUCGAGGAAGGGCUAUCUGUUUUUAAGGGAAUCGUUGACCCAAGGAUGUCCUGUGCGUAUCAGUGGCAUCAUUGUGCGCCAAAUGGAUGCUGCGUUGCUCAGAUUAUUGCGAAGACAUCAUGGUGGAAUAAAGUAUCUGCAGAUCUUCAACAAUUUGUGCCCCAAACCCAAGUCAAACAAUCACCUUGACGCUCAGACACCAACAGACCAUGUUCUCAGAUUUCUGAUAGUUGUGCUGGAAAAGCUAGUGACUGACGAGCUGUUUGGUUCAAAGAGAAAUAAAGCCGCGGUGUUCAAAUAUGUAUCGAAAAUACUGAAACUACCCAUCAGAGGCUCUCUCUAUAUUGAGGAGAUUGCAGCUUGUUUGAAAGUUAAGGACUUCCAGGUGUUUCGACCGCCAAGUAGUCUAUUUUCUAGACACGAUUUUGAGGCAGCCAAUUUUUUGAUGAGAUCAUUCGUUUCGUGGCUAUUCAAGACGGUGAUUCCGGCUAUUAUAUCUACGUUCUUUUAUUGCACCGAAAUAUCCUCCUUCACCACUACACUGUUCUUCCGGCAAGAUAUAUGGAACGAAAUGUCGUUGCCAUUUUUACAGAACUACCUUGAUAAUUUCAUGGUUGAGAAUACUAAGUGCAGAAAUCAUGAAAGUUACACAUUAUCAAAGUUCAAUCAUCAUAAGGUGCGCAUCAUUCCCAAGAAAAGCAAAGGAGAGUUUAGAGUAAUAGCGAUCCCUAUGAAAGGAGCAGAUAGCGAGGAGUUUAAGGAUUUCCAGCAGAAUUUCCGGAAUGUUAUCUGCCCCGUUCAAUGCGUACUCGAGUUCCUGAGAAGCAGAAGAAAGACCCAUUUUGGCAAGUUGUACUCUGUCAACCAAAUUGGUACUCAUUUGGGGAAGUUCAAGGCUUCACUGCUCAACAAAUAUGGAGAAGUUCCAAAACUGCAUUACCUCAAGUUCGACAUUAAUUCAUGCUAUGAUUUUAUUCCACGUGAGAAGGUGUUGAGCGUUAUUAGGAAGGCCUUAAUGAAUGAUUGUGGUUUUUUUGUGAGAUCCCAAUCAUAUUACGACACAAGGAAAGGAAUUCUCAGGAUUCGGAAUGUUGUCAACGGUUGCCGGAAACCGAAGAAGGAGGAAGUUUAUAUCGAUAACGUCAGGACGUUUUUCGUUAGUGCAGAUGAUCUGAUUCACACUGUUAUGACUGAGCUUUUUCAGUCCGCACUCUCUUUCAAUGGUAAGUGCUAUCUCAGAAAGACUGGCCUUUUUCAAGGCACCAGCCUCUCGGCACUCUUGGUUGAUCUUGUGUAUGACGAGCUAUUGGAGCACUAUGAUAUAUUUCAUUCUUCCAAAGAGGACGACACCAUUGUCCUUCGGUUAGCCGACGAUUUCUUGGUUCUGUCUACUAGUGGAUCGAGAAUUGCAAGAGCCAGAGAAGAAGUUUUAAAUGGGUUCACAGAAUUCAACGCUGAGGUUAAGAGGAGCAAGCUUAUAAGUUCAGUCAGCAAAGAACUGAACCAGAAACUUUCUUUUUGCGCUUUAGACAUUAAUAUUAGAACGUUGGAAAUCAGUAAAAGCGCCGGUAGCUUAGUUGUGUCCGAUAUUCAGAAAACCACCACUGGCAAGCUUUACAAAAAACUGCUGAACAUGUUUGAAGCAAAAUUGUCGUAUGGCACAGCUAGUUUAUUGAUUAAUUCUCCAGCAACCAUAUUGAACCAACUUGAAUUGAUUGCGUCGAACAUCGCAGAAUCAUUGGUCAGGUCUUUCAAGAAGAAAGAGGUCAAGAGUGCCAGCUUUUCCAUUUUUUUCGAGAGAGUAACUGCGGCAGCAAUUCGUUCAUACCGCGAAUUUGGUAAUGAUGAUGUUUUUAUCCUUCAAAUUCAGAUUGCAAUCGCUAAUGGCUUCUUAGCUAUGCUUUCAAAAAGGUGCGUGAAAUUUCAAGAUAUUGUAAAAUUCUUGCAAUGCUAUUCAGUCGAGCUCUUACGGACAAAAAUUUCGAAUCGCUAG